AGAAAAUGGCGGUUGUAUAGAACAAGACAAAUGACUCACUCGCAUUGGAUAUCGCUCUUGCUUUUCUCGAUGUUCGAUAUUUCUACCCCCCGAUACCGACCGUUAAAUUGACGAGUCAUCGUACGAUUCGUGUCUCAAAGUUCAAUAAUCUUUCCGUGGGGAUGUUUCCCGCGGUCAACUCUGCAAACGCCACCAAUCAUAUGCGACGCCGAUGGAGAUGGACAAGGGUUGGCCGAGACUAGGCGAAAUCGGACAUGUCCGCGGCUGUUAGUCGGCAGCGUGAAAAGAUCGAGCGACGGAAGAUAAAUCUCAAGUCUCCUCCAUACAGAAGUAAAGUCUUCUAUCUAAUCAGGAGUUCCAUCGAGUAUUAUCUAUUAAUUGCAUACCUGAAGAUCAAGAAUGGCGUCUGAUAGCAUUGUCAUCGUCGGGGCGGGAAUCAUUGGCCUCGAUGUCGCUCUAGUUCUGUCUCAACAAGGCUAUGGAAAGAAUAUCACGGUGAUAGCCGAGUACCUUCCCGGCGACACUUCACCAUCAUACACCUCACCAUGGGCUGGCUGCAACUUUUCCGCCAUUUCUGGCACCGAUGCCAAUGCGAUCAAAUGGGAUCGCCACGGCUAUGCACACCUCAAGAAACUCGCUGCAGAAGAUUCUGACAAGUCCUUCGUGAAAAGGACGCCGUCAAUUGAGUUCUGGGAUGAUAAUGUGCCGCAUGACAAGAUCAAGGCUAUGGCUGAUUAUCUUGAUGAUUUCCAAGCUCUGUCUGCUCAAGAACUUCCUGAAGGCGUCAAGUUCGGAUGCGCGUUCACCACGUUGACCGUUAACGCGCCCGCUCACUGCCUGUAUCUGUACAAAAGACUGAGAGAAGACUUUGGUGUGCGGUUCAUCCGCCGAAAGCUCGGCAGUAUCUAUGAGGCGUACAACAAUCCGGCCACGAAAGUUGUCUUCAAUUGCACAGGCAACGCAGCAAAGACACUUGCAGGCGUACAAGACGAGAAGUGCUAUCCAACUCGAGGUCAGGUUCUGCUCGUGAGGGCAUCUCAUGUCAGCACAAAUGUUAUGCGUCACGGCAAGGAUUAUGAGACGUAUGUCAUCCCGAGACCUGGAUCAAAUGGCAAUGUAAUUUUGGGAGGAUACAUGCAAAAGGGCAAUGAUGAUAGCGCCACUUAUUCGUCGGAGAGCGAGUCCAUCCUCCAAAGGACAACGGAACUAAGCACAGAGCUGCAGCAGAGGGAACCUGAAGUCUUGGCUGCAUUCGCGGGCAUGCGCCCAUCUCGCGAAGGUGGCGCAAGAAUUGAGCGUGAUGAGAUCCCCGUCGAUGGAGAAAGACGUGUGAUUGUGCAUAAUUAUGGUGCUGGUGGUACAGGCUUUCAAGCUGGCUAUGGUAUGGCGUUGGAUGCUGUCAAGAGCAUCGAGGAUAUUCUCAGCACCCUUCCCACAAGGUCAUUAUUGUAAGCAGAAUUAUAUAGAUGUGUAAUUUAUGUUCCCUGCUUUGACGCAUCCAACGCAAGUUUCACGUGCGGUUCCAAUUUGAGAACCUGAUCGACUCCUCGCCAGAAUAUGGCAUCCAUUCUCAGUAGACCCAAUCGAAUGAUUACGAAGGCAUUGGCUUUGAGACGCAUUUGCCUCCGUGUUGCUUGAAGUAGCUUCAUCCAUGAGAGUGCUUCUUCAUAGGUAGCGGCCGAGACAAGCAUGAACAACAUGGCGAAACAGAGUGACGAGAAUGCGCUUUGGCACCAAGGUGGCCAGUGUUCUGCUGUUUCGUCGCUCUUGAGGCUUUUGAGGAAGUCGGAAUAUUGUUCCAGAACUGUCUUCAGGCUCUUGCGUGGGGACCAUUGAUCCGAAGUGUUCGAUGCUGAGGGGUGAGAAUUUUGGGCGUGCACGGCAGCGCGCAGUAUUAGUAGUUGUGUGUAAU